AUGCAGCGCGCCAUCAUGGUGUCCGUAGGGACCAUGAUGGACGCCAAACUGGCGGGAAUCAACAACAGACUCCCGCCAGAGCCGAUCUUACGUCCGCCUCUAGCAGCGGAUAGGAGACGCGCGGAGGCGGAGGCGUCCAAACCCGCCUACAACCAGGUGCUGAAGGCAGCCCCGGCCCCUAAGCCGGCGCCAAAAACAGCACCUAGGUCGGCGCCAACACCGGUGCCGAAGCCGGCGCCAAGACUGGCGCCAAAGCCGACCCCAACGCCGGAUCCAAAACCGGCAAAGGGGAAGGCUAAGAAGGUCGCGCAACCGGCGCCAGCUCUGGUACCGGCGCCGGAAGAGGCGCCCGUUGCGAGCACAUCCGAGGCCGUGGACGAAGGGUGGACCACGGUCUCGAAGAAAAAGAAGGGACCGAAGCCGAAGGCGCCGGAGCGCCCCAAGGCGGAAAAGAAGGGGAAAGCCCCUCCUCAAAAAAGGAAGGAGGGGCCGAAGGCUGUCUCUGGUAAGCAGCGCGCAAGCGUGCGCAGCGCCAGAGACGCCUUGCCCGCACCGCCGCUGUGGUGCUAA